AUGUCGUCUCCGGCUGGGGUACCAAUGGGAAAUCCUCAAUUACAAAAUCAACUAUAUCAAGCUCCUCCCCCGCCGCCAACAAAUCACAAUGACUCCAGUGAAAAUGGAGUGAUGAUUAGACCGAUGAGACUCAAGGUGCUCUAUACUUUCGAUGAUGGAUGCAAAACAAAUUGCUUGGCACGAUGGCCACAGGUACUUCAAAUUCAAUCUAUUGCCAUGGACGAAACGAAUUCAAUCGGAGUAAUCGAACUAUAUACAUGUUUACAAGCAAUUAUUGAAUGCAGCCCGGAACUGCUACCCCGACCAGGACGAGAUUUCACAGUUUAUGCCUACGAUUAUUCUGAAGACGAUAGUCCUUUGGUAGGGCAAGGAAUGCUUUCUAGAGCUUUACAAUCGCCUCCUAUGCCGAACAAUCAACAUCAAUCACAGAAGCUUGUUACUGGACGGGUAUGCAAAAAUAUUAUGGGCUUAUUUGCAAAUGGAGUGAAGGAAACUUUGGAGGUCAAACUUCGUUUGGUUCCUCAAACGAUAUCUCCAAUGGAAUAUAUAAACACCAUGGGAAACUCAAGUCAACACAUGUCAACACCGAUGUAUGAUCAGAACGAAUGGAACUCUCUAAUACAACAGCCGCAGCAAAACCCACAGCCUCAAAUGUCGAAUAGAACGUCAACCCCGACCAGUAUGUCAAAUAAUAAAGGCACCACCAUGGAAGCGGUUAAUCAGCUUCUCAGUCCGAGCCUUCCACCAAGAAAUCCUUACAACCAAGCUUUACCCCCAGCAUCUGCACCCGUGCGUGAGGAACCAGUAACAAUCGCUCCCAGAGAACAGAAGAUAGCUAGGCCCGCAUCCAGGACAACUGUCAAGAGGGGAAGACGUGGCCGCCCUCCAAAGAAUUCCCGUCCUGAGGCAGGGGGAAACACUUCUGGGUACGAAGAAGGUACAGAGGGAGAAGAUGGACCCGCUCCGAAGAAGAGGGCAAAGAUUACUCAAGCAGACUGGAGUAACAAAUCGGCAUUUGGUUCCGGAUCUGACUCGCUUCGAGUUACAGCAAGCACUGCAGGCUCUAUACGUGCUUUCAGACCGUUAGCACCGUCUGGUGGCAUAGCCGUAGGCAACCACUUACAGGAAAUCCCUCGAGCACCUACACCAGUUCCAAUAUUGCCACAUCCACCAGCCAAUCAGCAAUCUAAUCAGCACAGACCACAGUCACAAAGUGGGCUCAGACAGGGGUCAAUUCCUCAAUUGGAGAUGCCUCAAGCACACUCUCCAGCUUAUUCACAAUUAGAACCUUCCCUCCCCCCAGAGGAUCGUCUGAGGCUUUCCAUUGAAUCAGCCCAUCCCUCCCCAGACAACAUUGCCAGCCCAGGAAUAACACCUCAAGACAUCGCAUCCUCUCCACCAGUCCUUCGAAAUGUAACACCGUCAAUAAGAUCUAGCCCUCCUUGUCUUUCGAGCCCCUCACUACCACCUAUGCCUAGAUUAGAUUCCGGCUUCAUGAGCGGUAAUAUGGACGAUCUCGAUGACCUUUUCGGAGAAGAUGACGAAGUACCACGCCCAAUCGAUGAAGAGGAUAUUGUUGUUGUAAAGAAGAGCACCAAGCGACGAGGUCCUCGCAAAACACAGCUAGGAAAUUCAAAAGCUGACGGUGGAUUUCACAUCCAAGAAGAAACUCCAGGUCCAAUGGAAUUACUACCAAAAAGAAUGCUUCUCAGUGAACAAGCCAAGCCGAAACCUAAGGCAACAGUAACACAAGCAAAAUCUAGACGGAACAGUAACAUGUCCGAGGAUGGGCAAUCACUACCCCCCUUACAGACGAAUACUCGUCCCAAUUCUAGACCACCUUCCCAGUCCCAAACUGCUCCUAGUGCGAACCCACCACCACCGACCUUACAUCUACCAACUCCGCCAACCAGUGAAUUCACGCAACUACCAACGCCACAAAUGCAUGCCCCUGCAGUGCCGCCACCACCACAGCCUCGUCCGGCAGCUAGAAACUUUUCUCAGACUGCUUCUACCGGAUCAAUGGUCCCUCAGACUGUUCCUGCAAGUGACCCUAUCCCUCCGCCGACUUUCCAGCGAUCCCAGACUUGGUCCGAGAACCCACAUUAUAUGACCGAAGCUCCGAGUGCACCUACCCAGACAGAAGCUAAGAAAGCCUCUAUCAGACAAAAAUUGGAGAACGCCCUUAGAAAUGGACAGAUGCCUCAGUACUGUGAAAAUUGUGGCGCUAUAGAAACUCCAACUUGGCGUAGGGCAUGGUCACAAGAAUGUCAAGGUGCUCCAGGCUAUCAUGAAUACUCCGAGGAGCCUGGGAGAGUUACAGCCAUCAAUAUUCUUACAAGAGAUGAUACGGGUCACCCUACUUCAUAUCUCCUUAUCAAAAAAGCCCUUGCUGCUGGUGAAGAUCAAAAACAGUUUAAGGCGUUCAGUCUUUGCAAUCCUUGUGGUAUAUGGAUGUCAAAGUAUAAGUCUCAACGUCCAGAAGCCAAAUGGGGUAAAGAUCCGGAUGCAAAGAAGAAGCGACCAUCUAAAACUAAGGCAGCGGCGAUGGUGCCUACAUCAGAGGCAAACUUCCCACAAUCAGAAACCAAUCUCCCCCCAUCCGAUGCGUUGAAUCAGCAUCCCGUGGCCCCUCUUGGCACUGACCGCUUGUCUCCAAUUGACCUUGACGGAUUAGAUUAUGCCAAUCAAAUACUUACUGACCACGACCGCCCAAAUGGAGAUCGCCGAGCAAAUAGUCUCCGUCCUUCUAAGAAGCUGAACGCCAUGACUUCAGAUUCCGCUUCGGCAGCAUUGAGGAGAGCUUUACAGUCUAGUCCAGCUAGGUGGAUACAAAAUAAUAUCGAAAUAGGAGAAGAGCCAGAAACAGACACAACCCGAAGACUCUUGUUUCCUUCUCCACGCAAAGAUUCAUCACCUAAAGUCCUUGGCGAAGUUACAACAAAUGUUGUUCAGGUUGUUGUUGAUAUCCACGGCGGUAAAGAUGCAGCCCUUGGAACCAUGGACAAAGAGAACUGUUCGGUCCCAUUUGAUUUAGAAGAGGACGCUGAACUCAUGAGAUUGAUUGAGGAGCAAUUUGCACGACCAACCACACCAGACCAAAGAACACCUGGCCCAAAUCCAUUCAAAACACCCACUCGACCAACCCCGAAUCACAGGCCCAUCACCAGGAGCGUAACUAGGUCUGGUCGCUCGGGAAAAUCUCCCAGUCAUCUUUUGCCACCUCUCAAAACCCCAAGUAAGACUCCUGGAUCAAGUCGUCGAACUCCUCGUGGCAACGGUAUCUUCGAGUCACCAUUUACUGCUCAGUUAAACCAGCUAAUGUCUGAUAACCCCAUCAACUCUCCCUCUCAACACCUCGAUUUUAACACUUUACCUGAUCUUCCUAAUUUCGACCAUGGAUCUUACAAUCUUCAACAAUAUGAUGAAGAUUUCUUCUCGACAGAUGUUCCAAUGCCAUCCUCACCCCCAAGGAUGUUCAGUGAAUUCAAUAAUACUUCGGCUGGAGGACCUCUUGAUUGGGGUAAUUUUAAUUUCGAUGUUGCUCCAACAGAAAAGGAAAAGGCGGCGGAAAAGGAAAAGGCAGGAGACGCGGAAAUCAAACAGGAACCAGUGGAGGAAACAAUGACGAAUGAGACGACUUAG